AUGAAUCAUCGGUCCGGUUGCCCGACAUGUGAGUCAUUAUCGGGCCGAGAGUCGAGGGCUAGGCUGAACCCGGUGAGGUGGGCGCAAGAGGCUGAGCCGGGUCCGCUAACGGCGGGACAGGCGACCGUCGGGCGCCGCCAAGACAAUCGAGGCCCGAGUCAGGCGGCUCGGCACGCCAGUCUUGCGGCCUACGGCCUCGCGCAUACCACACGUUCCACACACACAGCACACACACACACACAUAGACAAGCCCACCGGGCGUCUAUGCCCAGCCCGUGGAGAGCAGAGGCCUCGAUCCGAGUGGCGGACUCGAACAGGCCUUGGUGGGGCCGUGCAGCCACGCGCAUUCUCAUACAUACACCCACACGCAUUGUAUGUUAA